AAGCCAGAGUACAGGCUGUGGUGAUUCUAUGGUUAGCUGUUUCGUCUACUGGGUACUGUGGUUGUGAGCGCGACAGAGAUGAGAAGCCUAUUAUCUGGUCCUGUUAUGAUAGCGCGUUUAGAAAACACACAGACGCGCUCGAGCUACGGAGCUCUUCGACCUUUACCUCUCCUUAUUAAAUGGGGAGGAUAAGGUACGACUGUGUCCGCGAUUCAGUUUUGGGCUGACGCGAGCUGCUUAAAGGCCGCCGAUAACGCGGGUAAGCAACAAACAGUUGGACUGGUGCGAGAAGGUGCUCAAAUGCUAACAGUGAUAUCGCUGUCGCGAUACGCUUUCUUGCGCCAAGUUGUGUCGUGCUCUGUUUCUUCUGCCAAAAUGAGUGGUCGUGAAGAGAGCAUGCUGAGGCGGCGGAUUCUGCACCCGGCAUCUGCUGUACUAAGGGGCAGUGACCAAGUGUACAGACUCCUGCCAAGGUAUAAGCGCCGCAAGUCGUGGGUGCGUGUGCUGAGUUGCAUCGUUCUGCUUGUGUACGGCGCCUUCCCCACUGCCUUUUACUUUUCCGGAUGGUUCAGAAGGUUCCUCAUCUUCGGACAUUAUUUAAACUGGCCACCCAUGAUGAACUUGACGGAUACGUACAACUACGAGCUGCCUUACACAAGGCCAUUCUUUCUGGAAUCAGCAAAUGGUGUCGUGCUUGGAGCUUGGCACAUUGUACCAAAGACUCAGUGGGGCCGCUGUGUUGCUGGCAUCAAAGAAGAGUCAGAAUUUGAAGACAAUAGGCCAGUCAUCAUAUACUAUCAUGGUCAUGCGGAAACACGUGCUGCUGACUACAGGGUUCAGCUUUAUAAAAGACUUUCAGAAAGUGCAAUUGAUGCCCAUGUGGUCACCUUUGAUUAUCGGGGCUUUGGAGACUCUACAAAUAUUAUGCCCAGCCGCAGUGGUGUAAUUGAAGAUUCAUUAUCUGUCUACAGAUGGGUUAAAGAGAGAGUGCCAAAGUCCAGGAUUAUUGUCUGGGGCCACUCCUUGGGCACAGGUGUUGUGAUGCAGCUUGCAGAGAUUUUCACCGACACGAAUGACAAUCCUGCAGGAAUUGUCCUGGAAGCACCAUUCAACAGUCUUGUGGAAGCUGCGCUGCGGUGGCCCCUGGGCUUGCCAUUUCGAUACUUCCCUCUGUUCAACAGGCUUGCACAACCACUGCACCACGAGGACACAAACUUUGAGUCGGAGCAGAAGGCUGGCAAGCUGAGUGCCCCUGUGUUGAUCAUGCACUCCAGGGAUGAUCCUCUCGUACCUUACGACCUCGGUCAGAAGCUGCUCUCUCGCAUACAAGUAGAAAAGCCAGCUCAUCUGCCUGCUCCAGUGUUCUAUGAGGUUGACAAGGGUGCAGGGCAUCGACGAAUUUACAAAGACCCCAGGUUUCCAUCAGUGAUCUCUGCUUUCAUCGAAAGCAUUACAAACUGAUUUCCUACCAUAGCUGUGUCUCAGUUGAGAACUUUAGCUUACAGUCAUCUGUUCGUCACAUGCUCUUAGUAGCUGCUUCUACACGGUUGGUACUUUUCCUAGGUUGCUUUUAGCAUGUAGAAUUACAAUACCACCAAAGAUUUUGCUGAUGUGACAUUUGCUUGCUAUGGAAAGAUGUAGUUGUAAUUAAAUAAUGUAUAAAAUUUGCUUUAAACUACUGCCAUCUUGCAAAUUUAGAUUGUUUUUGACUUGUUCUUGUCACUUGUGAACAUUAAAGUCUCCUCUUCCCCUA